CCAACUUGUCAUUGUUGGACAGUGGUGGUGGUUUUUUUCGGUGAGCGGAAACGAGGGGUCGCCACUUUUCUUUCUUUCCGCGUCAAGUUCGUGCCUGAAAAAUCCCCCCCCCCUCCUCUUUUUUUCAGUCGGGGAGACAUCGCCAAGACAGUCACAAUGGGAGCCAGCGAAGAGACGUUUUGGUCCUCGUAUACUUCUUCCCGCUAACUUUCUAGUCUUUUUUGAGUCACUUUUAAAAAGUUUUUUCGCCACAUGUCCGUUAUGCGAAGUCCAAACUGUUGUGCUGUCGUCGUGCUGCGGUGCGUGCCCAUCCGAGAUAACGGAGGACUGAUUCUCAGACGGUCUGGUUACUGCAAUGAAUGGUAACACAUUCCAUCCAGCCAACACCACCGUGACAGCAGGAGGCGGCCCUGGUGUCGCAGCGCCCCCGAGAGGCUGGAGGGAGUUCUGCGAGCUGCACGCCAUCGCCACAGCGCGCCAACUUGCAGGACACUACCGAAGCUUCGCCAGGGAGCGCCCCCACAAUGACAUCCUCCCGCCGGAGACGUUUUCUAAGCAGUUCACCGACCUCUUCCAGCAGCAUUUCAGCUAUGAGGUCGACAAAGAUGGCGCUCCCCUCCAACAAAGCAACUGCCCCACUGCUGCCGGCAAUGCUACAGUGGCUCCUCCCAUUCCUUCACAAACCGUAAUCAGUCGAUUGCGGAUCACCUCCUUGUCCGGGGUCCAGGACUAUCGGGAGGCCGGUCGACAAUCGGGGGGAGCCGCUCGCUUUGCGGUGGUGUCACCCAAAGUGGAGCCAGUGGUGGCGAGCAGGGAGCAGGAGCAGCUGCUGCGAUGUGCCCCAGGAAACCCCCGAUCAGGAAACCCAGUGCUGCUCAGGGGCUUGACCCGUACUUUUGGAAGCGGAUCGGUGCUGUUCCGUAGCCGUAGUAACGAGGAGCUGUCUGGCACAGACAGUCGACAAGCAUCCGACUCCUCAGCCUCCACCCCUGCACACGAUGUCACACACUUCUCUGUUAGUCAGAUUCGGCAAUCCGUAAGGCGGCUUUUUAAGAAACGGCCACUUCCCAGGCCCCCCUCAUCACAGGACCUGUCCACCAGCAACCCCACCCAUUCCGUCAUCAGCCCCUCAAACAGUAGCGAUAGAGUCAGCAGCGUGCCCUUCACAUCUGAGCAACCUUCCUCUUCCUCACAAACCCGCUCUUCACUGAACUCUGACUCCACUCCUGCAGCGUCACCAUUAUUAUCUGGAGUAGCUUCCAACUUCCUGGAUCGUUUCCGUUGGUUACGCAGCGGGAGCAUGAGGCAGAGGAGGUCAGAGGUCAGCAGCUGCUGUAAAGAGGGCCAGCUGAGGUACUUGUUCGUGGAUGACGCCAUCUCAGACUCGCAGCCACGCUGGCAGCGCUGCCGCCUGCUGGUCAGGAGGAUCAGGGUCGCUGAAGGCGGAGUAGGCGAGGGCUACCAGUUGGAGCUUUAUGAUCCUCCAAAGGCCUCCAUCCCCAAACUGACGACUCACUGCUCCGAUAUCCAAGAAGUCCGUCGCUGCAACCGGCUGGAGAUGCCUGACAACUUAAACACGUUUGUUUUAAAGGUUAACCGAGGCAGUUUGAUAUUUGAGACGGACAACGACCAGCAGGUCAGCUCCUGGACCACGGAGAUAAAGGAAUGCAUCAGCAACAGGUCAGGCAGUGUGGACCUGGAGCUCCUCCCCUCGCCGGCUGACAGCUCCAUUUCGACCAAUCACAGGGCAAGCUCGGAACUGGGAAGUCAGAGCGAGUGGCGGCCUGGCUCUUCCCACCUGGUCCACCAGACACGUCCCGUAACAAUUAGCUGCCCGGUCACCUUCACUCUGCCGGAGCCAGUCAUCCAUAAGACGGAUCACUUCCUGUUCUCCUACCCGUGGUUCCACGGACCCAUCUCCCGGGUCAAGGCGGCCCACCUGGUUCAGAGCUCGGGCGCCGAGGCACACGGCGUCUUCCUGGUGCGUCAGAGCGAGACACGACGAGGCGACUACGUCCUCACCUUUAACUACCAAGGAAAAGCCAAGCACCUGCGCCUGUCCCUGACGGACGGCGGCCAUUGCAGGGUGCAGCACCUGCGCUUCCCCUCCGUUAUUGAGAUGCUCAGCCACUUCCAGCUCUCCCCCAUCCCGCUCGAUUGCGGAGCCGCCGGCGCCGUCACGCUGUCCAGCUUUGUGGUGGCAGGCUCCAGUCCCCCAUCACAAUGUAAGGACCCCACCCUUAGCAUAUAUUCUAAUAGUGCUGAUAAUAAUAAUAAUUUAUAUUCUGUUGUCCGUCUGUCAGGUCACCGCUGGAACUCCGAGCCCAGCUUGGCUCACUGCAGCCUGUCUCACAGCCAUUCGCCAUGUUCUUCUACUUCCUCCACCUGUGGCACCAGCGCUCCCAGUUCCGGCCCCCAGCCGUCUCUUCGCGCCGGCAACCCGCCCCUGCCCCCGCUGGCCACCGCCCCCCUACAUCGCAGCGAGUCGAUGGGUAGGCGGCCGCUGCUUCGCCACAGCAAUCCGCACCCUCCCGUCAUCCCCCAGCGGGACUCGGACUAUGAGCUGGAGCCGGAGCGCGGCCGCAAGCGAGCCAUAGACAACCAGUACAUGUUGCUCUGACCUCUUGUGGAGCCGAGGCGUUAUUGCAUGAGGCGCUAUGUAUGAUGCCGAGGGGCUGGCACAAGCGUCCACAGUGAAUGUAUGUCCCAUUAUUUCUUUUUUUUUCUUUUUUUCUGGAGGGGAGGGGGACAGUUUGGGCAAGCAAAACUAUUUUUAUAGAUUUUAUAAUAGCGCUACAAGCUAGCACCUCCCAACCAGCAGGGGGUAGCGAAAGAGCAGGAGUGUCCACCACCAGUAAUACAAUGAAAUGCUAGCUUAGCACGAGUCACAGGUGAGUGCAGCACUUAUUUAUGAUCCACACCGAGGUGGACCGCUUUUUUAUUUUAUUUUAUGCUAGCUUUCUGGGUCGCUCUUUUAAGAACUAAUAAUGCAUUUAUUCUUGGCACAAGUCUCAUGUAAACAACUAAGCACUCUUUUUUUAGAGCGUACAGACACUCUUAUUCUUUUUUUUCCACAUAUUUUAUUUUGGAUGUGCCUUCAGUGCACUUUGGAAAACAAUGUACCAAGUAGGGAUGGGCAUAAUAAACACAAAAAGGGGGCGUACUGAAGUACGGCGGUGUUUAGUCAAUCUCUUAUAUUUCCUUUUCUUUAAGUCUUCCAAUGGCCAUAAAUAUAAAAGUGAAAAAUGUCUUGUUAGCAUAACUUAUUUUCUCGCCGUUUAACUGUUUGCUCUACUUCCGCCUUCUUCAGUCAACUUGCUUUCCGAUUGGCUAUUGGUAGUCCAUGUGACAGUCAUGGACUGUUUACAGGAUUCUUGAUCGUUAAUAUCGAAUUAAACAUGAAGUGGAAUGCCCAUCCAUAUCAAUCAGUGUGAUUCAUUGGUGACCCUAAAUUCUUUAAGAUUCAUAAGUUUUUAAAAAGUUUCCGCCCUGUGUGUACCUCAUGCUGCGUUCAAGUACCAAAAGCUCGUAUAGUUAAAAAAAAAAGAA